GUCUCCUGAAUCCACGCAAUACACUGUGACAAAUCUUCUUUCAUCUACUAUAUAAUAGAUACAUACAUUUAUAUAUAUAUAUAUAUAAUAAUGAAUGCUCAUAUAUGGACAAGAUGUAUGAAACGUUAUUAUGCUACAAAGUCUGUUACUUUAACUGUAGAUAAGUUUCCAGGUUAUGUUCGUCAUCCUCAGUUUAAAAAGCAAACACAACAAGACUUGAACUAUUUUGAAUCUAUAGUUGGACGUCAAGGAUAUAUCAAUGGAAAAGAAGAAAUGGUACCUUAUAAUACUGAUUGGAUGAAUAAGUUUCGUGGUCAAUCUCAAUUGGUUUUGAUGCCUCGUACAACACAACAAGUCUCAGCUAUCUUGAAUUAUUGUCAUGAUCAAAAUUUAGCCAUUGUUCCUCAAGGUGGUAAUACUGGACUUGUAGGUGGAUCUGUACCUGUUUUUGAUGAAAUCAUUUUGAAUUUGAAAAAUAUGAAUCGAAUUCGAUCUUUUGAUAGUGUAUCUGGGAUUUUGACAGCAGAUGCUGGUUGUAUACUGGAAGUACUUGAUAAUUGGUUGGCUGAAAAAGGAUAUAUGAUGCCAUUGGAUCUUGCUGCCAAAGGAAGUUGUCAUAUUGGGGGAAAUAUUGCUACCAAUGCAGGUGGAUUAAGAUUAUUACGUUAUGGAUCCUUACAUGGUACUGUACUAGGCUUGGAAGUGGUCUUACCUAAUGGAACCAUACUCAACAAUAUGUCUACUUUACGGAAAGAUAAUACUGGUUUUGAUUUGAAACAAUUAUUUAUUGGUUCUGAAGGGACAAUAGGUGUAAUUACUGGUGUAUCCAUAUUGACUCCUUUAAGAUCUAAAGCAGUUAAUGUUGCUUUGCUUGGUUUGAAUUCUUUUGAUGAUGUUCAGGUGGCAUUCAAACAAUCUCGUAUGGACUUGUCAGAAAUCUUAUCAGCAUUCGAAUUCUGGGAUAUUCAUUCUUUCAAAAUGUUCAAGAAACAUUUUAAUCAUAAAGAAGUAAUGGCAAAGGAUUAUCCAUUUUAUAUUUUGAUUGAAACAAGUGGUUCAAACAAAGAUCAUGAUGAUCAGAAGUUGACAAGUUAUUUGGAACAAAUGAUGAUAAAUGGUAUUGCACAAGAUGGAGUAGUGGCUCAAGAUCAGCAACAAAUGCGUGAUUUGUGGGGUAUUCGUGAUGGAUUGACAGAAGCUUUAGGUAAAGAACCAGCAGUAUAUAAAUAUGAUAUCUCGAUUCCAGUGGCCAAGAUUUGGGAUUGUACAGAAGAUAUGCGAUAUCAUUUACAAGCAGGUGGAGUAUUUGGUCAGUCGGAUUCUCCAGUGAUCGAUGUGGUGGCUUAUGGACAUAUUGGUGAUGGUAAUGUUCAUUUGAAUAUUGUUACCAAAGACUUGGAUUCAAGAGUGUCGGACUUGAUCGAGCCUUAUCUUUUUGAAUGGGUUGCCAAGCAUCAAGGUUCCAUCAGUGCUGAACAUGGCUUAGGUGUAGCGAAAAAUGAAUUCUUAGGUUACUCAAAAUCACCUGAGAUGAUCGAUUUGAUGAAAACAAUGAAAACAAUGUUGGAUCCAAAAGGUAUCAUGAAUCCUUACAAGUAUCUACCACAGUCAUGACCUGGGCUUUUUUUUUUUUUGUUUGCUCAAGAUUUUAUUUAUGGAUGAAACUAAGCCGAAAAAGUGAUAGUAUUUUUACUUUAGUACAACCAUUGUUUUAUUUUAUCCAUAUUUGUUUAUAUCAAUAAAAAAGAAAAGAAAAAAACUGUUCGUUGUAGUUUAUAUAAAAAAAGAAAAGCUUAAUAGUGACAAAAGAUAAGAAUAAAAAAAAAAAA